UUACGUAUGAGUUAUCUAUUAAGGGCACGCGCGGCGAAUGGAGAAAAUUCAGAAGAUCGCUUGAAAAAAAGAAGUGUAAAAUAUUUUGUAAAAUGAAGCUUACAGACAACGUUGUUCGUAAUUACAGAGUAGCAAAAAUAUUCAGAGAAAACACAGACAGAAUAAACAGAAUAGAUUUCUCGUCAGAUGGCAACACUCUCAUCUCAAGCAGUGACGACGAUUCGAUAGUAAUCUAUGAUUGUCAAAAUGGAACGCCAAAGAAAACUCUAAACAGUAAGAAGUAUGGAGUCGAUUUAAUUUGCUAUACACAUGCAGUCAACACAGCCUUACAUGGGUCUACAAAAGUUGAUGAUACAAUCAGGUACCUGUCUCUCCAUGACAACAAGUACAUAAGAUAUUUCCCAGGACACACCAAAAAAGUUGUGUCCCUUAACAUGUCCCCAAUCAAUGAUUCGUUUCUGUCUGGUUCGCUGGAUAAGACCAUCAGAUUAUGGGAUCUGAGAUCACAGAACUGUCAGGGGUUGAUGCAUUUACCUGGUCGACCUGUGGCAGCAUUUGAUCCAGAGGGUCUCAUUUUUGCGGCAGGGAUAAACUCUGAAUGUGUCAAACUUUAUGACCUCAGAUCGUUUGACAGGGGUCCAUUUACCACGUUUAAGUUGACCCAGGACAAAGAUUGUGAUUGGACAGGAAUGAAGUUUAGUCCUGAUGGAAAACUGAUUCUUAUUUCCACUAAUGGUCAGAUCUUACGACUGAUUGAUGCCUUCCAGGGGACACCACUACAGACCUUUAUGGGUUUUCAGAACAAUAAAGGCAUUCCAUUGGAGGCUUCCUUUAGUCCAGACUCCCGAUUUGCAUUCUGUGGUUCAACUGAUGGACGAAUUCACUGUUGGAACACAGAGACAGGGGUGAAGGUUGCUGUUAUGAAUGCUGACCAUCCUGGACCAAUCCAAUGCCUACAGUUCAACCCCAAAUACAUGAUGCUGGCAUCAGCCUGCACAAAUAUGUGAAUGAGGUUUAAAAUAAUGACAGAAAUUUUGUUCAAGGUCAUUAUUAUUGGUGACCCCACAGUUGGUAAAACCUCAUUUGUCCAGAGAUAUGUGAAUGAUGCAUACAGACGAGACUAUAAGAUGACCAUUGGAGUUGAUUUUGCUCUAAAGGUUGUGAAGUGGUCAGACACUCAGACCAUAAAACUUCAGUUAUGGGACAUUGCAGGUCAGGAACGUUUUACGUCGAUGACCCGGGUCUACUACAAAGACGCCCAUGCCUGUAUAAUUAUGUUUGAUCUGACCCAGCAGUCCACCUUCCAGAAUGCUGUAAAAUGGAAGAAAGACCUUGACACUAAGUGUUCUCUAGCUGACGGAUCACCUAUACCCUGUCUACUUCUGGCCAAUAAGUGUGACUUGAGUCAUCGUGAAGUCCAACAGAAUGAGAUUGAGGACAUGUGCAAGGAGCAUGACUUUGUUGGCUGGACAGAAACCUCUGUGAAAGAAGGACUCAUGAUUGACGAGUCAAUGAGAUUCUUGAUUGAGGAAAUGAUGACAAAACAUGCUGAGUUAGAUGGCUUUUCUAAUUCCAUGGCUAGAUCAGUGGUGCCUGGUAGUACAAUUCACCUCCGCUCUCAGCAUUCCGAGGUCAAAGAGUCGUCUGCUUGUUCCUGCUAGCGUCUAGUCACGUUAGGGGCCCAUGAUUUCCAUUCCUCCAACUACCUGUCCCAUAGAUCCAUACAAAUGUUCACAACAAUACAUGAAGCCCAACUGGCAUGGAUUAGGAAACUAUUGGUGCCAUGUUUUGAAACAGCUUAGGAAAAUUUCUUUUUUAAGUUUUUUAAGAAAUUAUUUAAAAAUGUAUCUGUGCCCUUAUUUUAUAUUUAUAUACAUGUAGUGAUAGAUUUUAUGAAUGAAUUAAACUGUUUAUUUUCAACUAAGCUAAGGUUUUUGUAUGGUAAUUAGUAAAGAUUACGCUUU